CCCCGCCCCGCCCGGUGUUCCUCCGCGCUGCGCUAAGGUCACUGCUGUCAUUCGGUAGCUCACCAGCCGAAGGAAGAGGAGGAAGACCCAGCCAGGAAGGACCAGGAAAGACUCAGCAAGAACCAGCAAGAACCAGGACCAUGUCUCUGUCUACUAAACUCACCCUGGACAAGGUGGAGGUGAAGGGGAAGAGGGUCGUGAUGAGGGUCGAUUUCAAUGUUCCAAUGAAGGACAAGCAGAUCACAAACAACCAGAGGGUCAAAGCAGCUGUGCCCAGCAUCAAGCACUGCCUGGACAACGGGGCCAAGUCUGUGGUCCUGAUGAGCCACCUGGGUCGUCCGGAUGGAAACCCCAUGCCUGAGAAAUACUCCCUGGAGCCCGUCGCUGCCGAGCUCAAGAGCCUGCUGGGAAAGGACGUCACCUUCCUGAAGGACUGUGUGGGUGCGGAGGUGGAAGCCGCCUGCGCCAACCCUGCUACCGGAUCCGUCAUCCUGCUGGAGAACCUCCGCUUCCACGUGGCCGAGGAGGGGAAGGGCAAGGACGCCUCCGGAAACAAGACCAAGGCCUCCCAGGCUGAGAUCGACUCCUUCAGGGCAUCUCUGUCCAAACUGGGAGAUGUUUACGUCAAUGAUGCCUUUGGCACAGCUCACAGAGCCCACAGCUCCAUGGUGGGAGUGAAUCUGCCUCAGAAGGCGGCAGGUUUCCUGAUGAAGAAGGAGCUGGACUACUUCGCCAUGGCUCUGGAGAAACCUCAGAGGCCCUUCCUGGCCAUCCUCGGAGGAGCGAAGGUGAAAGAUAAGAUCCAGCUGAUCAACAACAUGUUGGACAAGGUCGAUGAGAUGAUCAUCGGUGGCGGCAUGGCCUUCACCUUCCUCAAAGUCCUCAACAACAUGGAGAUCGGUACCUCCCUGUAUGACGAGGAGGGGGCCGGCAUCGUCAAGGACCUGAUGGCCAAAGCAGAGAAGAACGGCGUCAAGAUCACGCUGCCCGUCGACUUCAUCACCGCCGACAAGUUUGACGAGAACGCCACAGUCGGCACUGCAACCGUCGCCGAUGGCAUCCCCGCCGGCUGGAUGGGUUUGGACUGCGGACCUGAGAGCUCCAAGGCCUACGCUGACGCGGUGGGCAGGGCCAAGCAGAUCGUGUGGAACGGCCCGGUCGGCGUGUUCGAGUGGGAAAACUUUGCAAAAGGGACGAAGAACAUGAUGGACAAAGUGGUGGAGGUGACCAAAGGAGGCUGCGUCACAAUCAUCGGUGGAGGCGACACUGCUACCUGCUGCGCAAAGUGGAACACAGAAGACAAGGUCAGCCACGUGAGCACAGGAGGCGGAGCCAGCCUGGAGCUGCUGGAGGGUAAAGUCCUGCCCGGUGUGGACGCACUCAGCAGUGCCUAAACUUCCCUUCUGACCACAGCAGUGUGUGUGUGUGUGUGUAUGUGUGUGUGGAAGUAUGUGAGAGGAGUGUGUGUAUGAGAGGUUGGUAGCAUCUCAGCCAGAUUCCUGUUUACUCCACCGUGGUUAGAAUCCUAAAAAGCCUCGUGCUGUAACAGCCAUGUAAUCUCUAAAGCGUCUCUAUAAGUUCUCAGACGCAGAGCUAUCCUCCUGAGAUGAGUCCACGCUCACUCUAACACUGCAACAAGUAGUCCCUGCCUUAUCUCAAAACGCUGACGGACCUCCUCCAGUAUACCUGUUACAUUCAGUGAUCCUUUGUUUUAAUUCUGGAGACCGAGAGAGAUUCAGAGGCUGGGCGGUGGUUUCAUUUAUGUGGACCUGCUGAAUGGACUCUGAAUGAUGCUUUCUACCUAAACCUCUAUUUGAUCUGAGUCUGGGUUCAAACUGAGUCUGAAGUCAGGUUCAAAUGGGGUCUAACUUGGGGUUCAAAAUUCCCAAAAUAUGAAUCUGAAUACACACCAAGACUAGAUCUGGGUUAAAACUGAGUCCAGAUCAGGGUUGGCGCUGGGUCUGCAUCUGGGUCGGGAUCCAAAUUGGGGUGCAUCUUUUUCUGGACCAGGAUUUAAUCUGAAUCCAAAUUUCAGUUCCACCUGAGUCUGAAUCGAAAUACUGGUUCAACCUGAGUCUGGAUUUGGGUUCAUGUCUGUCACGGUAUCUGCUGUGAAGUUCAGCUAAACCUAAACACUGGCUCUUUAGUGUGCAUGUGCUUGUAUGUGUGUGUGUGUGUGUAUGCGUGUGUGUGUGUGUGUGUGUGUAAAACUGUAUUUUGCUGCGUCACUUUUGCAUAGUCACCCUGGGAGCGUUACUGCAGCACCCUCAGUGCGUACACAUAGAUUCUCUAUAUAUAGUAACGGUUUGUGUGUGUGUGUGUGUGUGUGUGUGUGUGUGUGUGUGUGCAUUGUGAUGUCUGGCUCUGGUCCUCGCUCCUCUCUGGAUGUUUGUCUCUGAGCAGCUUCAGACUGAGACUGAGUCGGUCUGUUCAGGAUAAUAAAAGUGUCUCUGUGUUAAA